AUGCCCGGUAGAUUGACGGACAAGCUACCAGCACGAAGAACUUACCCGAGAAGAAAGACUUUUGGCCCCGAUCCGCUAACUUCUGCAACCAGCACGAUUCCUGCCCAGAAAGAACCAACCGUGGCGGCGGGACAAUUCCUCAGGCGGCUGUUCGAGAUUGUCUUCUACGCUCAGUUCCUCCUGGUCUCGAUCCUAACGGUCUUCCUCACGACCCGGGGCUUCCUCUCUGCACGCCGCCACCAUUUUCACCCAGCGGAGUGGUAUCCUCCACUCCUCUCUGCCACAGGCGGGGCAGCGGUUGCUGCCUUUGUGUUGCAGCGUCUCAUUCAAUGUAGUCCCUCAAAGGCCCUGAGGGCCGCCUUCUGGCUCAGCCCAGUGCUCGUUCUGGGAGUCGGUGUAUUGCUCUCGUGCAUGGAUUCUGUGGUAGGUCUGGUGAUCGGAGUGAUUUCUAUAAUCUCCGCCGUCUCUCUGGCUCUGUAUGGCUGUUGGGUGAAUACCCGUUUUGAGUACGCUUCCGAGAUCAUCUCUGUCUCGACUGCUUCCGUCUCGAGUGAGAUUUCGUGUCUGGUUGGGUUCUCAGUAACGGUGGCUGUGCUAUAUUCGGGUUUCACGGUCUGUGGCAUUGGUGGAGCUACUGCAGUCGGGACGACCCUGGACGUGGCGUUCAUCCUCAUCGAGCUGCUGAGCCUCACGUGGACGAUGCACGUGAUUAAGAAUGCGCUCCAGGCUACUGUUUCGCGGGUUGAGUACCUACGCCUCGUGUGCGGGGUCCAGAUGGACUGCCGUACAGCACUUCGGGAGACAGCCCGGUACCUGAUGGGCAGCGUGUCGAUCGGUUCCGUAUUUGUCCCAGUCUCCGGGGUAAUCCGAGGCUCGGCACGUGCAAUCAGUACGGUUGCAGGGGACGCGGAUGAGUUCCUCUUCUCAUGCGCUGACUGCUACUCGGGCGUGGCCUCUGCACUCACAAGUCGUGCCAACCGGUGGGGGUUCGUUCACGUCGGGGUGUACAACAAGGAGUUUGCGCAGGCCUCAAAGGAUACUUGGGAUAUGUUCAGACGGGCAGAAAUAGAAGUCUUGAUCGACUCCGACCUCACCGGAGUGGUCUGCUUUCUCUGCGGGGUGACCGGGGGAGCCGUGAGUUCCCUGAUAGCCGGUUCCUGGGCUCUUGCAGUUCACAAAAGCUACGCUACCGAACUUUCACUAUAUGCCUUUCUGAUCGGCUACUUCAUGUGUCGAGUGGCCGUGGCAGGGGCGCAGGCAUGCGUUUCGGCUCACUACGUUGCCUAUUCGGAGAACCCGCAGAGCCCUCAGGUCGACCCGAUAAUCACAGUUCGGCUCCAGGAGAUGAAGAGACACCAAGCCUAGUGCUGGCUGGCGUCACGGGAAUCAAUGGAAGUACAGCAGAGAUCAGAGAUACAGCAACCUGUCCUGUAAUUGUUGAAGAUACAGUACGAGGAUGAAACAUCCAUUUUAAGGUCAUUUAUUUUAUCAGGAAGAGUUACUUGGCAAAUUGACAAUUUUUUCGACGA